AUGGGGAUCCGGAAGUCGUUCAAGGUGAUGGAGGUGUUGGAACCAUCAAGAAGAUUCACCUCGGUGAAGGAAGCGAGUACAGUUACCAUAGUCGAAGGGGAUGCUAUUGGAGACAAAGUUGAGAAAAUCUCUUACGAGAUUAAAUUGGUUGCAUCUCCGAGUGGAGGCUCCAUCAUAAAGAGCACCAGCCACUACCAUUGCAAAGGUGAGGUUGAAAUCAAGGAAGAGCGUGUCAAGGCCCGUAAAGAAAGAGCCGCUGGUUUGUUCAAGAUUGUUGAGAACAACCUUUUGGGAAACCCUGAUGCCUACAACUAG